GCUAUUUGCAGCUUAUCUUGCCUCUCCCCUCCACUUCCCCAAUAUCAUCAUGGCGGCGCCCUGUCGACUCAUUUCAAGGUUGGCUGUUGUGUCAGGAGGGGGCAGUGGCAUUGGAAGGGCAGUGUGCCAGAGGUUUGCUUCAGAAGGUGCUUCCGUAGUUGUAGCUGACCACAACAAAGAAUCAGCCCACAAGACACUUGAACUCCUUUCACGUCACUACAGAGGACAGGAACAUGUGGCACUUGAAGUGGAUGUGUCAUUGAAGAAGAGUGUAGGAAGAUUAGUAAAUACUAUACAGAGCCAUUACUUCCAACCACCCUCCAUAUGUGUGAGCGCUGCUGGCAUUACUCAAGAUGAGUUCCUACUGAAAAUGGAGGAGAGGGACUUUGACAGCGUCAUUCAAGUCAACCUCAAAGGUACUUUUCUUCUAACACAGGCAGUCUCAAGCGCUCUUGUAGCUGCUGGCAUUUCCAAAGGCUCCAUCAUUACAAUGGGCAGCAUAGUAGGCAAGGUAGGGAACGUUGGUCAGAUCAACUACUCAGCCUCUAAAGCUGGAGUGGAGGGACUCACUAGGACAGCAGCCAAAGAACUUAGCAAAUAUGGGAUACGCUGUAACUGCAUCCUGCCAGGGUUUAUUGCCUCACCUAUGACGGAAAACAUGCCAGAGAAAGUCAUGAGCAAGAUCACCCCACUGAUUCCGUUGGGCAGGAUGGGGAAGCCUCUAGAGGUAGCUGAUGUUUGUGCAUUCUUGGCCUCAGAUGAUAGCCAGUACAUAACUGGAGUCAGCAUUGAAGUUGCAGGAGGAUUGUUCAUUGGUUGAUAUUGUGCUCUGCUGCCCUGAGUGAAAACAACUAAAUUGCAAGAUCUCCAAGUGGUGCCUUUACUGUUGUAAAUGACCUCAUGUAAACACAUUAUAUGUAAAUGGAAAUUUUAAAUUACUACUUGAAAACUGUAUUGUUAUGGGGAAAUUAUAAUACACUUACAAGUAAAAAAAAAUCAUCAAGUAUUUCUUUUAAACAUAUUGCAAAAUAUUUUGUUUUAAUUGUUAGAAGGAUCAGAAUCCAAAUCUUUAUUCUUAGUAGAGAUUUUAACAUAAAUUCCAAAUAUAAAAAAACAUAAAAUAUGGGGGCAGAAAUGUAUCCUGUCUGUUCACAUAAAGUAGGAAAACCACAACAAAUGAUGGAUAUUCCAACAAGACAGUGCAAGAUGCCACACACUUCAUGACGUGAAAUUCAGGCAAACCCAUUGAGAGGCAUUUUUGGGAAAUGUGUAGAGAAAAGAAAAUCCAACCACUUUUGAUAGUUUAUGGACAGACAUGAAGAAUGUGUUGGAUGCAGUGUUUAACAUUUCAUCUAGUCUUGGAGACAACCUCACACUGCUUUAUCAUACUUUCCUAAAGUUUUUUAAAUGGAACUUUUACCAAUUCAUUCUUCACCAUUGUCCACAAACCAUCCAGAGUAACUGUUUUUUUUUUCUUGUCCACACAUUUUACAACGUAGCCCAGAUCAAUGGGUUUUAAGUUGUGCCUGAAGUUCAUUAAUAAACUGUGUGGCGUCUUGCAUCUUGUCUUGUUGGAAUGUCCAUAAUUAAUGUUUUUCGGUAAAUCUUUAUUUUGUGGAUGCUUUGUUGAUGCUUAUCUUGCAUUUAACUUGCAUUCAACUACGUAUUUCUUAAAUUUAUCUUAUUUUUCCCUAACCCUGGCCCUAAUGCUAACCCUAAUCUUAACCCUAAUAUUAACCGCAACUCAAAACCUAACAGUUCUUACCUAACAGUGUUGCAUUUAUACCUAGUUCAUAAUUCAGCUCAGUCCAGUAAGAUAUCAUUCAUUCUAUGAGCAGUUUAACAAAAAGUACAAGUAGAAAUUUAGAAUGAUGUUGGAACUAACAACUACAAAAAUUUGGAGCACUGUUUUGAAAAUUUGCAUGAAUAGUUUUUUGCUUAAUUUUUUACCUGAAAAUGCAAAACAUGACCAGUUGAUAGUAGUAGUAAUAAUAAUAAUAAUAAUAAUAAUAAUAAUUAUUAUUAUUAUUAUUAUUAUUUUGACUGAAAUUAUAAGGCAUUUAGCAGUCUCACUGUUCAGAUCCCUAAUUUCCCUAAGUAAGGAAACCAGCAAUUUGAAGAGGAAGAUGAUAAAUAAAAACAAGUGAGUCAUAUAGAUCUUUUUAAAAAGAUUAUAUAUAUUACAGAAACAACAUUUAAAAAAUACUUACACACAUACAAUAAUCUUUUUCUCAGCACCAUAUUUUAAGACAUAGAUGUUUGUUUUGCAAUAACACAGCACACCCCUCCUCAGUGUUUCCUGACGAGAAGACCACACCAUUAAGAAUUGUGUAUAGCUUUUGUGUCUCCCAUCUCACUUAUGAUAUAAAAAACAACAAUGUCAUUUAAAUAAAAUAUUUUUGGCAAUACCUUGUGAUAUUUUUAUUUGUUAUCCUUCCCACAUGCUCUGCCCUCCUCGUUGUAGCUCUAUAAACCGUUUUAUCAUCUUUAUAAUCUCCACUUGUGUCAAAUGAGAUAUUGUUCCACUAAAAUCCACUUGAUCGUAGUCUGUACAUGACAACGUAUUUACUUCACAAGCAAAUAGACAGAAGUGUAGUGUACUGAGAAGAGUGUAGUGUACAUAGAAGGCAGUUUUUUUGUCUUAAGUUUUAAUGCUUAUAUAUGAACUGGUGAGAAAACUAGAGGGAAUAAAUACAGAUGAAAAUACCACAUUUUAUUUUAUAUUGUAAGUGUUUUGUCUUUGUAGUUAACAUUCUGGUUCACUUUCUAAAAAAUAAAUACAAUAAAAUAUUGUUACUGUACAAAUGGUUUCUAAUGCACAUUUCCAGCCUGAACACUGCUGACAAGAGAAGUUAGUCAUUGUAAGAUGAUGAGCUUGUUGUCAAUACUGAUCACUUGGAUAUAGCACCUUCACCAUCUGCUGUCAAUCUUAACAACAAGGAAUUAAUUCUACUAUAAAGAAUAUUUGUUUUGUGUCACAUUUGCAUGUGCCUCAUGCUUGAGAACAAAGAUGCAUUG